AUGACUCAACACGUCACGAGAAUCACUCUUUUCAAAAUCCCGAACGAGGAAAAUCAGAGCAAAGUACUGGCGCUCUACCGCCAGAUGCCUCAAAAGGCCUUGAAAGAUGGUAAACCGUACAUACUCUCGGUCAAGGCCGGCCUAGCUGCUGCUGAUCAAAGAGCCCAAGGGUUCACAAUUGCGGCUGUUUCUAUUUUCUCAUCCAAAGAAGAUAUGGAUUACUACGAUAAUGACUGUGUAGCACAUCAAGAACUGAAGGGGGUUGCGAAGGGUGUUCAUCAAGGCUUCGCCAUGGUGUUUUUCAAGGAUCAAGUAACAGAGUGA